CGCACGGAGCGGCGCGCGCCGGUCGGGAGAGCCAGGCUGGCGCCCCCGCCCCCCGCUCCGCGCCUCCGUCCGCCCGGCGCCUUCCCCGCUUUUCUUGCCGCCGCUCCCCGGCCCUCUGGCCGCUUUCCCUCCCUCCCCUCGGUCCCGCCCCGUCCAGCCCGGGCUGCCCGGCUCCCGCAGGCCCCCCCCGCCGCCCGCGUUCCUAUGGACAGACGCACAGACACCUGCAGGAAAGACACUGCUGAUCCUGUAACAUGGAGGAUUGCCUUCAUACCUCAUCUGAGAAUCUGUCCAAAUUGGUCAGCUGGGCCCACAGCCAUGGGACCAUUUGCAGCCUCAUUCCAAACCUGAAACACUUGCUUUCAGAAGGUUCCCAUGGGAACCUCACAGCAAUGUGGGGCUGUAGUGCUGGCCAUGCUUAUCACUGGCCAUUGACAGCUACUUGCAGAGCUGGGUCCCAAGAAAGGGUCUGUUUCCAGGAUAACAGAAGUUUUAACUCUGAUAGUCCCAGUAUAAUCGGAGUGCCCUCCGAGACACAAACUAGCCCUGUUGAAAGGUACCCUGGGAGACCAGUGAAAGCGAAGCUAGACUGUAAUCGGACCAGAGACUCUUGUGACUUCUCUUAUUGCAGUGAGCCCUCUGAACUGGAUGAAGCUGUUGAAGAAUAUGAAGAUGAAAACACCCUGUUUGACAUGGUUUGUGAGUCUUCUGUUACAGAUGAGGAUAGUGACUUUGAACCCCAAACCCAAAGGCCUCAAACCAUUGCUCGAAAAAGGCCUGGAAUAGUUCCAUCUUCUCUCCAUUCCAGCUCCCAAGCUCAAAUGGUUGAUGAAUGCAGCAAUGAUGUCAUCAUUAAGAAAAUCAAACAAGAGAUUCCUGAGGAUUAUUACAUUGUGGCGAAUGCAGAGCUGACUGGAGGGGUAGACGGACCAGCCCUGUCAUUGACACAGAUGGCAAAACCCAAGCCUCAGAGUCAUGCUGGUCCCUCUUGUAUAGGGUCUGCUAAGCUGAUUCCCCAUGUAACAUCUGCCAUCAGCACAGAGCUGGACCCACAUGGUGUGUCUGCAUCCCCCUCUGUGAUGUCCAGACCGAUCGUCCAGAAGACUGCCAGGGUAUCUCUGGCUUCACCAAACAGAGGACCUCCCAGUGCCCAUGGCACAAACCAGCAGGUGGCCAUGCAGAUGCCUGUGAGCACUUCCCAUCCUAAUAAACAGAUCAGCAUCCCUUUGUCUGCCCUGCAACUGCCUGGACAAGAUGACCAAAUUGCUUCUGAAGAGUUCCUGCCCCAUCUGCCCAGCCAGGUCUCCUCUUGUGAGGUAGCUCUUUCUCCCUCAGUUAACACAGAGCCAGAAGUGAGCUCCAGUCAGCAGCAGCCCCCAGUUGCUCCAACCAUAACCACUGAGGCCACAGCACAGUGCAUACCAGACCAGGAUGAAAGAGCAGCUGAGCUCAGCAGGGAGCAGAAUGAGAAAACCAUCCGGAGCACGCAGACUGCGCUCCGCAAUUUCCCCUAUUCUACUAAGCUCAACAAAUUUCCUGUAUUUAAUAUUAAUGAUGACUUGAAUGAUCUGUGUACCAGUGCUGUGAGCCCAAAUACUACCAAAGCCACGCGGUAUGCCCUGAAUGUGUGGCGAUAUUGGUGCAUGACCAACGGGCUCAAAGAUCACACAGACAUCACCAAGAUCCCCGCGGCGAAGUUGAACGAGCUGCUCGAGAAUUUUUACGUCACCGUUAAGAAGAGUGACGGCUCCGACUUCCUGGCCACCUCGCUGCACGCCAUCCGCCGGGGCCUGGACCGCAUCCUGAAGAAUGCAGGUGUGGGCUUUUCCAUCACCAGCAGCACCUUCAGCUCUUCCACCAAGAAACUCAAGGAGAAGCUGUGGGUGCUGAGCAAGGCAGGGAUGUCAGGUGCUCGUUCUCGCAAUAUUGUCUACUUUUCUCUUUCUGAUGAGGAGGAGAUGUGGCAGGCAGGGUGUCUAGGGGAUGACAGCCCCAUUACUCUCUUGUCCACUGUGGUCAAGUACAACAGCCAGUACCUGAACAUGCGGACACUGCAGGAGCAUGCAGAUCUGAUGUAUGGUGACAUUGAGCUGCUCAAAGACCCACAGAACCAGCCCUAUUUUGCCCGGACAGACAGUGUCAAGCGGGAGAGCCGGAGCGGUUCCACUAGAGUGUGUCAUGGGAAAAUCUACCAUGAGCAUUCCCGGGGACACAAACAGUGCCCUUACUGCCUCCUCUACAAGUAUAUGUACAUCCACCGGCCGCCCACCCAAAUGGAGGCCAAGUCCCCUUUCUACCUUACAGCCAGGAAGGAGGCCACAGACAUGGGCAGCGUAUGGUAUGAGGAACAGAGGAUGGGACUGCGCUCUCUUCGGGGAAUUGUCCCAAACUUAGCCAAGAAGGUCAAGCUGGAAAACUGUGAGAACUUCACCUUUGUCUCAUUUACUCAGGUCUCUAGGAGACUUGGCUCCCACAGUUGCUGUCAAUGAGUCUUCCCUGGGUCCAGGCCACUGCCCUGCUUACCCUGAUGGGAGGGAGCUCCCUCAGGCAGCCAGGGCCAGAGCUCCGAGGUGGCAGGGGACGACUGUGACAUCAAGGUCAGGCUGGUCUCUGUCAGUGUGACCUGCUGUUUCUUUGACUUCGGGUUUGUUCUUUUUUUUAAGUGAAAGUAGAUGGGUCUGAGUAAUUAGGGUAUUUUAUCCAAAUGUGUGUCACCUUUGUUAAAUAAUAGAAUCUAACACAAUGUAUAAUUGUUCCAUACACAAAAGUGGAGGAAGUUCAUCUUAUCUAGUGCCUUUUUAGCACAGAUUUUUCUCAAAAAAAAAAAAAAAAAGAGGAAGAAAAAGGAGACUGUUUAAGUAGUCAUUAAAAAACUCCCAGUAGCCUAGUAGCUUUAGAAUGUUAUGAAGACUAUAUAUACUUUGUUGAAUUACACUCACAGUAAGGAACUGGAAGGAGAGAGGCAGACAUGUUAACUGUUUCCAGGAGAAAAAUUGCACUCGACACUCCUCUCUGUGUCUUGUUGAUGGAUGACUUGGUUCUGCAGAGCAAGCAGCUUUGGUUGCUAGAAGCUGGUGGGGCUGCACUCAGUAGUGCUGAUAAGAGAGGCGGGGGGCUGCCUCCCACUGCUGUCAGCACAAGAGCAACUUGAUUCCUGCAUCAACGGAGGCAGUUUUAAUUUUAUGGAAAGAGAUUAAUGCACCAGAAGAUGUUUAUGAGAGCAAGGUUUCCGGUGAACUAGAUGGUUUGUAUCGUGAGGGAAUUUCCAGUAGUGGAAAAAAAAAAAAAGUGGCUUGGGAAAGCGAUCUGUGAUCAAAAUAAGAAAACCUCCUGAAGCAGAAGUGCCUACGUUUUAUUUCUCAGUACCACGUGAAAGCUGUUUUCAUUCGAACGUUUUUUUGGAACUGUCUUUAAUCUGUUCUUUGUGUCACACAGUUGUUCUGUCAGCAUCUAGCACUGGAUCUGUAAAACAACUAAUGGUAAUUUUUCAGCUUAACCAGGAAAAUCCAACAAGGCAAGCUGCAAAGAAAACCCCAAAAUGUGUUCAUUAAAGAGCUUUGAAAUAUGUUUGUCAAAGUAUGACUCUUUCAGCCACAGUAGAUGUCAUCAUUUGAGGUUGGCACCACUGCUUGGGACAUGAUGACGUAGGCAGCCUACCAGGUAAGCAGGCUCAGCAUUUUGGACGUAGUUGUAAGAAUCAGAGCAUGAUGACAGGCUAUUAAUGCAGUUUGAAAUCAUUUCACUCAGGUAAACUUCAACCUGAACACAUGCUGCUGAAACAUCAGCAGAAUUUUCUAAUAACUACUCUGAAUGAUAACUGAGAAAGGAGCCCAAAGAGUGGUAAUUAAUAAUAAUUUCCAGAAAUCUGUAUUUUGUAUUUGAGGAAAGACUGCUACAGCUUUAUACCAGUAUGCUCCUGCGUGUGCUUUCUAAUCCAAAAUUAAAAUUCCAAUAUAAAUUCAUUUUAUAAGAGUCCUAAAAUCAGUCCUGUUUCUUUUUCAAAACAUUAUUUUAGUAUUUAUUUUAAUUAAUCAUUCUUAAAUAUCAUUCACCAGUCAUUGAAAUAUGUAAUACUUCCCUUACCAGAAAAGACUCAGCCAAUGCUGCCUUAAGGUUUAAUGUUUUUCCCUUUUUAGUUAAACUGCACAUUUAUAAUUUUGUUUACUAGUUGAUCUUUCCUGAAUAUGGGUUAAUUUUGGUAUGUCUCCAUGUGUAUAUAAAUAACAGGCAAUACUGAAUAAUCAGUGUUAUGACUUGAUAUUGCGUACUGUUCUGUUGUGAUUUCCUAUAGUGAUUUUAGGAUUUUGCUUAAAAAGAGACACAAAACAUUAGGUACAGUUUUCUUUAGUUUGCUAAACACCCAAAGGCUAUUUUGUUCGUGGAAGGCAGACGGUCAUAUUUUCUGUCAGUUCUGCACUUAAACAGAAAUAUAACCCAUGUGAACUAUUGGGCAGACAGAGCCUACAGCCUAAUUGAAUAAAACCUCCAUCUUUAUUUUAAAUAGAAAUGAGAAGAAGUCGCCAUUAGGGAUCUCCGGGAUCUUUUCAGAUUAUAACAUUUCUGUAAGUAGCAAUAACUGACCCAGAGGUUGUCAUCUUUCUGUUGAGAGUGGCUUUUCAUCAGCUGAAUAACCACCUCUGCCUCACAUUUGUUGCUUAUCACUAUCUGAUGUGUUAUAAAUCCCCAGCGUUCUGAAGUGAAUGGUUAUAAUAAAAAAUCAGGAGGUGGAAUCUUCAGUGCUAUCUGAUGGAAUGAAAGAAUUGUAUCUCAGCAUCAUAAAUGCCGUGCAUUACAUGCCUCCCUUGAGGAGCGCAAAAGUGAGAAAGAAAACACAUAUCAAGUGCUCCUCUGUGCCACACAUUGUACUAGGUGCUUUGUUAUGUAUUUGUGUUAGAUGUGUGCGUAUGCAACACAUACUUUAAAUUUAUAUGUGGUAACACUUGGUAGACCUGCUAAAAUGGCAAAGCACCUGUUCCUUUAUACGGCCAUGUCCAUCCUCAGAGGAUCUGAAGUGGGGCCAGAGUAGCUAGUUCUAGUUGGCAUUCAGCCUUUCCAGCCAGCUCUAAAUCAUGCCCGCUGGGAAUGCCAUGAUUUUCUACUCUUGCCUAAGCCAGGAGAAAGGAGAAUCCCAAGAAAAAGAAGCGGGGAGAUUAAGGGCAUUUUCUCCACUUCCCUUUAUUUAUUUAUUUAUCUCAAAAGUGGGAGUGAAUAUCAGGAAUUCACAAGCUCAUUUAAGCACAAGUUGCCUCUGGCUUUACAUCUGUACGGCUACAGAUAUUAGGAGAGUACCUGUGGAGUGAGUGCUUUGGGUGAACUCUUGCCCCCAGCACCUGCUGCAUCUGCUCUUAAGUGAGCCUUUUUGGUAAGAAUAAUAAUAAUAUUCAACUAAUCUGCAUUACAUCAAUUAUUUCUUCCAUUGUGGAGAUUCUCUCUCCUUCAAACCGUUAAACUUGAAGAGGAAAACAAACCUGAUAAUCUGGUCACAUUUAUGCCCAUAAAUUCUACCUCCAACACAGCCCAGCCCUGAUACCUCAGCUGUAAGCAAAAACUAGUGAAGAAUGGAGAUGCCUUAAGAGGCUUUAUGAGAAAGCUUUUGCAUUGUUUAGUGUGUUUGCAAAGGGGAGUAAUACGGAAGAACCUAACCAAAGUUGUGAACGAAGUGGUCUCCUUGGUUGUGUGGCGUUUCCCAGCUCUCCUUGGAUUAUAUGCUGUAUUAAUCUGCCAUAACUGUUAAAUGGUGUUUGAAGAAAUGUGAAAUUCUAUUCCUUUGAUUUUUAUUUAAAUUCGACCUUAUUAAAAGCAUCAAGCACUAUACCACUCUCUCAGCAUGUUCAUAGACUGUCAUUGGGAGAAUCUGGACAAAAUAACCUUCAUUUAGAAGCUGAAGCCCUUUUCUGUAGUAGGAAGAGGACUUGAUUGGGAGCUCCUUCACCACUCACUUGGCAAUUCUGGUCUCACUUCCAUCAACUAUAAUAAAGCGGGAUUGUUGCAAUGGAUCAUCUCCAGCGUGAACAGUAUCACAAUUCCUCAAACCCAUAUAGUUAGGAAGUGGCAAAACUUGGAAGCAAGAUUCCUAAUUCCUCAAGGUCAUGUAGUGAAUCUCCUAAAUUUUAAGAAGUUUCUUGCUGUACCGGAACACUUUCUUCAAGAAUAACAGUUUUCUUCAAUUUUCAGUUUUCACAACUUCUAAAAUUAUUUUUUGCUAUUUCUAGGCAACAGAAUAUUUGAUUGCUUUUCUCAGUCUAGGCUAAUGCUGGCCACACUUUAAUUACUUAAAUAAAGGAAACAGGAUGUUUAAAUAUUGUGCUUAUCAACAUGCAUCACUUUGUUGCUUUUACUGACAUCUGGAUUGCUAAACCUUGUUGAGCUAGUAACCCAUUACCUUUAGGCACCAAUAAAUGCAGACAACAAAGACCUCAAAGUUACCUCAUCUUCUCUACAUGAGCUCCAGUUUCAUCUAAGUAAAGGCCCAUGCACAUUUAGAAACUGUUAACAAUUCACAGAUAUUCAAAUUCACAUAUAUCUUUAAAUGUUUUUGCUGUGGGAUUGGAUGUUUAAUGCUCUGUAUUAGGAGAAAAACAUUCAAUUGUAUUUAGUCAGUGUUCUGAAAAAUCUUUGUUGUUUUCUUUCCCCCACAUAGAUUAAUCACCUUAGCAAAACCAUGAGUGGAGGGAGAGAUUGGUGGUGACCUAUGGCUGAGCUCCUUUUGUGAGAGAGGAGGACGCCAUGUGGGCAUGUGGGUGAUUAACUUAUCUCUGGGAAUUCCUAUGUAUUCCAUAUCCCUGACUCCUGACAUCACUGGAUUUCCCAAAAUUCCUUUAUGGGAGGCUGCCCCUCCUUCUGGCAAAGUUUGUUAUGAUUUUGAGUGUUUCCAGUUCUUUAUGAUCCAAGGAAACCAGAGUUGCUUCUCAUGUUUAGUUGUUGAUCAGAAUCAGACUUCUAUGCUCAAUUAAAGUGCUUUAUUAUUUAUCUAAUGCAGCUCAUAUGGAAGUUAAUAAUUUCAGGAAAUAUUUACUAAAACCAAAACAAAAAGAUCACUGGGUUAUAUUGGAUGCAUAUUGCUUACAUUACUAUUAAAAGCAUUUAAAUAGACCCCCAUUGAGAUGAGGUCGGGCUCCUAAGUGUUUUAUAGUCAAUAUAACUGAUAUGAUUAAUUUGCAUUUAACUGUAGUUAUUGUUACAGUUCAAAUAAGUUUCUAGAAGGUUCACAUUUGACUAACAUUAUGGUAAGUGCUUCCUGACAGCUGCCUCAUACUCUCAUCUAACCUCACAACAGCUCUGCAAGGUAGGUCUAAUUAUUCCCAUGUUACUUAUUGAGAAACCAAGGCUCAGAGAAGUUAAGUAAAUUUCCCAAAGUGUCACGGAGCUAAUAAGGAGAAAUUAAGUUUGGACCCAGGGUCUUCUGGCUUCAAAUAUAGUGCUCAGUCCAUUAGAGAAAACUGUCUUUCUCAGGGCCACAGAGGUCCAUUUAUCACAGAACCUUUAAAAAAUUAAACACAAUUUCUGUUUGUUUGGGAAUACUUCAUUUCUCAAGACAUACUGUGGCACACCUUGUAUGCACUCUCUUACUAAUCUGUUGGUCAUUAGUAUGAUUCAGUAGUUCCUGGGAGGCCUGAUGGUUUUCUGUGAACUUUCUGCAUAGUGAUAAGUUUCUGUCUUUAUUCAAUAAAUAACUCGUAUUACCUAUUCUCUAAUCCAAAGGGCAGAUGAUCAUGCCAGUUUAUUCUAAAAAGAGUCAAGUAGUUUACUUACUGCACCUGUUUUGACACUGUUAUCACUGAAUAAAAUGUAAAGAACUACCUAACCUAUGUCACAAUUAUAUGCUCGUGUUUUUUACUUUUGCUUUUUAAUUUUGGUGUCAAAGGAUUUUUAUAAUCCUUAGGGUAAAGCACCCUCAUAGCAAAAUAUACUUACCUUAGUCUUUUGUUUUGUAUUCUUCUUUCCUUUAUCAGGGCAUUUUUAUUUUCUGUUUUGAGACUUAAAAAACAAUAGGCUAUAAGUACCUCUGAGAUCACGUAGUCAAAUUCCCUCAUUUUACCUAUAAGGAAAUUGAAGCCCAGAGAUAUUUAAGGGGCCAUCGAAGAUCAGCAAGACAGUAAGUAGAUUCAGUACUAGAAAAUUAAUCCAGAACUCUUUCUUCCAUACCAUAGCUGGGAAGAUUUGGGUUUUUCAAAAUUAAUUAUUGAACUGCAUCUGGAAGAAUGACAUCUGGCUGUCAGAAGCCCCCACUGAGCUCCUAACUUCCCAAAGAAAUACUCAUGGAGACCCCAAAGAAGGCCAAAUCUCAGUUCUAGAAUCUAGAAGGAAUUGGUACAAUUUAUGAGGCAUAUGGUGGUGGAUUGAGGGAAAAUCUUGCAGGCUGUAGCUCACUUUUUUCUCUGGCUUCAUGUCAUGAAAUGGACAUACUGUGAAUUUAAAAAUUUGAAAGAUAUCUAGUGACUCAUUUUCUUCACCAACCAUGUCCUGCCUCCUUGCUCAGGAUCAGGUCUCCCGAGCCAGAAAAAUGACUGAUCCUUCCUCUUAACCAGGAAGCAGACCAUGAAGGUUCUCCAUCCCACCACCCUUCUCCCUGCCCCACCUCCUCCUCAUUCAGUCCAUGACUCCAAACCCUAGGCCCAAAAUGUGAGCAGAAAGCAGAGAGAUCUCUUAGAGGCCUGGUGCAUUCUGUGAAAAAUGUCCUUUAGGUGAGGACAGAUACAACUAAUUGCGGAACAUGCAAAUACUGUAAUUUUUCACGUACAAUAUCAGUUCAGAGAACCAGGAAACCAGGCAAUAGGAUGGAAAAGAAUGCCACUUCAAUAGAAAAGCAUUAAACUUGAAAUUGGACUUGGAAGUAUGCACAUCUCCUUACCCACCACCACAUGUAUCCACAGAAGAGUGUUGACAGAACACUCAGUGUGGACAGAUAGCACAACCAAAGGCAAGUCCUGGAUCUGGGAAGAGACGACCAUAUUUAAGGAUGAGUAUAGAGAAAAAAAAGCAACACGGGGUCUAUAAAAAAAAUGACUGAACCAGGUGAAAUAAACAGCUUCCAAGAGCAUUUGAAAAUUAAAGUGGUUUCCUGCAAGAAACAAAAGUGUAGGGCUCUUCUUGUUGUAACUGAAAGAACAGAAGAAUUGCUUCUGUGAAGCAAGUUAUGUCAGAAUGGGACUGGUUCAGAGAAAAAGGAGGUAGAAUAAAAUGAAAAAGAAGAAUGCUUAGAAGAAUUUCAAGGAAGCUAAAACACAUCAGAUUACAAUCCGUGCUGGAAGCAGAAAAGAACACAACUGGGCUUAGAAACACAAAUCAAUAAUGUGAAGGACAGACUUGAGAUUUUCUUCCUAAUGUUCUUUCAAAAGAAAGAAGAGAUGAAAACAAUGGGGAGAGAUUAAUGGAUUUGGAAGACAGAACAUUAGCUAACAUUCCUGAGUUUUGCUUUCCUGAUGGAAAAAACUAGAAAGGACUCACUGCAUUCCUGGUCAAAAAAUAAAAUAAAAUAAAACCAAAGAGACCUGUACCUAAGCACGUCCUGGCAAAAAAUGUCAAACUACCAAGGACAGAGAAUGAAGAAUCCUGCAGGCAUAUCCAGCCAGAAAGUCACCAGUUGCCUCUCAGAAAACAAAAGAGGUUUCUGGCUUCAACCUUCUAUUCUAUAGCACCAAAUGCCAGGAAACUAUAGGGAAUUUUGAGGGGAAACAUUGUGGAAUUUUGAAAUUAGAUACACGUUAAGAUACAGAAAGGAUUUUUAGUUAUGACAAGCAUUCAGGAAAUAAACCAUCUAUGUACUAUUCUAGCCUACAAAGUUUGGUUUAUAAAGCAAUUUUUGCUUAAUAUAAUUUCAAGGGACUCUGGGGUAUUAAAUAUCAGAUCAUUUACCCACCAGAAGAAGGAAAUAUAUGCUUUUAAAUAGGUAACAUGGUUAGAAGCCACAUAUCUGAAAGUGCCCUAGGUCCUCGCAUGAAUGGGCUUCCCUAGUGUAAGAAAAUGUACCUGAAAAUAAUUGCCGUUUGACAGCAUUGUGUUUUUUCAUUUUUAUUACUGAAGUAAUGCAGUGUUCAUUAUAGUAUAAAUAGAAAAUUCAGAUACAUUCCUUACAAAUAAAAUUUAAAUGGCCCUCAAUUUCCUCUGCUACCACCUAAAACACUAUUCUGAGAGAGUCCUUUGCUUCUAAGUGAGAAAAGGCAAAGGGGUCCCCACUUCUGUUUUGGGGUCUGAGAGCCUGAACUAGACCUUUGUUGAGGCCAUCCCAUGUGCUUGUCCCUGCUCCUCUAAUUCAGAACUAACAGGUGCCAAGGUAGAAAAUUACAGAAUCUAUAUCUGUGUUUUAAAAUGAGACCAGGGAAAACAAAUCUUGUUUUCCAAUACAAGAGUGGUCCAGUUGGAACAGCAGGAAGCUGGCCUGGGGCAGUGAGAGUGAUUUCUUUAGCUGUGCUCGAAGUUUUAAAUUCAGGUAUUAAGGGAAUAGAAGCAUUUAAAAAAAAAAGCUAAUUAAUUACUUCUGGAGUCUAAUGUCAACGUUAGAACUGAAGCUGGGUUGUGUGGUUUGGUUUUUCAUUCGCUUGCACUGGAAGGACUUGAAAAGACCCAGGAAUGUUGAGUAUCAUUGGCCUUAAUGCUCAGUUCCUUCCUGACAGUAUAAAGGUUUAUCUGUGCCCCAAGUUUCCUUGCAAUUUAAACUCUAAAUUAAAUUUUCAACACGACAAGCAUAUUUGCUUUAAAUUUAGCAAUAGAAUAGUUAAUAGGUUGUUUUGCGUUUGCUUAGUUUUCCAUUCUGAAGCACAGCAAACCUCUUCCAGAUGGAGAGAGUCUCUUUUGGAUAGGUUCCAAGUGUAACCUUUUCCAAGGUCCCCUGUUGCUUGGCUGUGACUGACAAAAGUCUGUUCACUGUAACUGCUUAAAUGAGAAACGCAGUGCUUUUAUUUAACAUUUUAAAUAUUUUCUAUGUGGCUGUAUGUUCCAAAUGAUAACAACAAAGCUGUGUCCUAAUGUUUUCGCUAUUCUGGAUGUGUUUUUCUUUUCUUAGUGUAGAGGAGGAUAUCCAUCAUUUCUUAACACUGGAAACAUCAUCCUGAAUCACAUAAGAAAUGGUCAGUAACUUGAAUGAUUUUAAUGUACCACUUUUUAACUUUUUAUUACCCCCCCAUGCCUGUACAUGUACACACACACACACAUGUGCACGUGGGGGAAAGCACAUGUGGCAUCUGUCUUCUGUCAUAGAACGUCAGAGGUGAGACAGACUUUCCUGUUCAUCUAGUCCAGCCCUCUAGCUGAUAGUCUAUUAGUCUGGUAACAGUUUGCAAGGUUCUGGGUUUUGUUUUGUUUUGUUUUAAGUUGUUGUUGUUUGGUUUAUGUAUGUGCAGCUUGACUGUUU